AUGGACCGAGAUUACAAACGUGCAGCGCAAGAAUACCGAAGGAAGUACGGCCUCUCUGACGACAUUAAGUUGAAGCAGCAAGAUUUCCCCGACUUCCCGAUUGAGGCGGCAAGACUUCGCAGUGUAUACGUUCUGUCAGCCAUUUUUAGCAUUUCAACUGCCAUCUACGGCUUCUCAGUCGAGUGGAUCAUCUUCAUUCCGCUGACCUUUCAGUUUUUAACUGCCUUUACUGCGACCGCAAUAUUCAACAUAAAUUCGACUUUGAUGAUCGACUUAUACCCGGCAAAGCCAGCCUCGGCAACUGCAAUCAACAACUUGGUGCGGUGUACCCUGGGCGGUAUUGGCGUCGGCUUGGUCGACAUAUCCAUCUCCGCAAUCGAAGAGAAGCUCACCUUCAUCAUACUGGCUUCCAUAUCUGCAUUUUCUGUGAUUUUGGUCGUUAUAGAGCAAAAGUACGGCAUGCAGUGGAGGAUCGAGCGUCUCAACCGCCAGGCAAGGGGAAAGUAA